CACACUCUCAACCAGGUGGGAUUUUCUCAAGAAUGGCAGAAGGAGUAGAUGCCUUCACUGAGAGCACUGUGACAGAUGUGGAGUUUGUUGAUGGAUUCCAGAGAGUUUCACCCUCAGAAUCUUACUUAUUUCUCAACACAAAGACUGACUCCGAGAGGAAAGUGCUCAUCCUGUGGAUGAACAGCUCUAAAGGAAGAAAGACAGAAAUAAUCAAAUCCCUACAGGCUUCAAGGAUACGAUGCUGCAGUGAUAAAGCUCGUCCAGUGCUCGUCGCCAGCACCGUUAUUCCCUCAGUGAACAGAGUUAUUUGGGCAGGUGUGUUCAGUGCACAGAAUCAGCAGGAUCCGGAGAACAGCGCGCUGGCUCUGUACGACAUCAGUCAUGUUAAAGGACGAGUGAAGGGCUUCUGUCAUAAUGGUGAAAAUCCAUGUGGUUCUGAGAGUGAUACUGAACUUCAGCCGCUCUCUGUGGUGUUCAAGUACAGCUCAAUGUCAGCAGUGGCAGCAGUUAGAAGUGGAUCCUGGAUUGUGCUGUUCAUAGGAACCAGUGAUGGCCAGCUCAUAAAGCUUGUGUUGGAUGAGAAAUUCACUCCAGGCUGUCCAACAGUGCUUUUCAAAUCUGAUGAUGAACGAGCAGUGUUUCCCAGAAUGCACUUUGAUCCAGUAGAUUUCAAUCAUAUCUACAUAGCUCUGAAGAAACAGUUAAGAAGAGUGUCUGUGGUUUCGUGUGCUAAAUACAUCACUCUGAAAGACUGCAGAGCUGCUCUGGAUCCUCUCUGUGGCUGGUGUGUGAACACACACAGAUGCUCCACCCAAGAGGAAUGUUUGAAAUCUUCAUGGGUGUCCACCCCAAAAGACUCCCUUCAGAAACAGCUAGUUUCUUUUCAGGUUUGGGCAGAGAAAUCUUCCAACAAGAUUACUCUAUAUCUUUCAUUGAGUCUGGAGAGCACAGGAAAUCCUGCCUUCUCAUGUACCUUCAACACAGGAACCAUGAACCUGUGUGACGGGUCUGAUCCACCUGCAGUUUUCCCAAACUGCUCCUGUAGUUUUUCUGUUUUGUCUGACCAGCUACAAUAUACCAGAGGUUUACCCAUUUCGGCUGAAGUGGCUGUUGAGGAUCAGAAGAUGACAGAGAUGUUGAUGCUGAAAAACUGCCUGAAUAUCAAAGAUAAUUCACAGAGUGCUUCUUAUACACAGUGCGUGCAGUGUGUCUCAUCUGGGUGUCACUGGUCCUCUUCCUCCAAGCGUUGUGAUUGGACACUUGUCCCUGGACAGCAGUUACAAACACAGGAUGUCUGUAAUGGUUUAUUUUAUGAGAUGGAAUAUAAAAAGCCGGAGAUUCUGUCUCUGGAGCCGAACAAAGUUUCUUUCCAUGGCAGAAACAAUGUUUUACUAAGAGGAAGGAACCUGGAAUCUGUUACUAAAAUCCGUAUUCAAGGGGAUCUGGAGUGCAUUCCUAAAGAAUCUCCAGUGUUUGAUCGCUCCAGUGACACGUUAAGGUUCCACAUUCCUCCCAGUGCAACUAAAGGAACAGUGAAAGUGUGUGUUGUUACUCCUGACGACCGUUGUCAUGGUAACAGCAUCAUCACUUACAGUUCUCAGCCCAGCUGCACUGGAAUACAGCCCACAGUCAGCUGGAGCAGUGGUGGAAGGAAGAUUCAUCUUCAGGGGAGCAAUCUGGAAUUAGUGGAGUCAGUUACUGUACUUCCCUCUAAUAAAGUGAUGAAAACACAAUACAACACAAGCUCAUGGGAUGUGUGGUUCGUCUCUGUUCCUUAUGAUGGCAGUGGUCAGUUUAGCUUGUUGUUGAAUGUUGGGAACUCCACUGUGAAUUGUGUGGAUUAUUUCUCUUAUAAACCUGAUCCUGAAUUCACUGGAUUCACCACUGUACAGGUGGCCAAUGAUCUACAGGUGAACAUUCAGAAAAGGGCAGUUAUGUUGAAUUUGAGUAUGAAUGAGGUGACUGUGACGGGUCUACAGGGAGAUCAGCAGUAUCCAUGUGUUUUGGAGAGGAUUGAGUCCAAUGCCAUUAUCUGUGAGAUUAAAAGAGAAUCAGGACACGUCCCAGAAGUGGACUCACUCACUAUCAACAUUGGGAAUUUUUCUAUCACCCUAAGAAAAACAACAUGGAAUUACCGAUUUGUCUUGAUAUUAUUUUAUUUCAUAUUCUUAUUAAUUUUUCUUAUCUUUUGCAUUUUGUUAUUAUUAUUUCGGCGUAACAUCCGAUCUGUUUUUCCUGUUCAAUGGCCACUGUAAAAGCCACUGAUAUAUACAAACAUACACAAGUAAAAUUGUGCCGUAAAGUUCUGUUCACAAAUAUAAGUCAGUAUCUCUCAACCUUCUUUCUGACUGUUUAGAAAUCUUGUAAUAUCCUUUCUGUAGAGCUGUUCUCCAGACAGCAGGUGGCGCUUUAUACUUACAUAUUAUGACAUACUGUAAAAACUAUUUUAUAUUAAAAGACUUUGACUCUA